CAGGGGUGGACUGACAACUCAUGGGGCCUUCGUGCAAUAGGGGAUCAUGGGGCCCCUGUGUCCUUGCCCACAUUUAUAAAAAGCCUAUAAAAGGUACCAGGGGCAUCUCAUGGGGCCCCCUACUGACCCCGGGCCCUCAGGCAUUGCCCGAGUGCUCGAAUGGUCAGUCCACCCCUGGGUUCUAUGUACUGUGGAUUUUAAUCAGGCCUGUAACCCUGCUGUCACAGUUAAGCCACCAACAAACUGUAUUUCUAUAUGCAGGCCCCAAUUGUCUUGGAUAAUGUAAACAUGGAACUCCUCUA